GGUAAUCAAAGUUUCACCUGCGAAAGAACGAAACCAUUUUUUGAUAUCGCACUGAACAAUGGUGGAGAUCCAUUCUCAGCAGAAGCGCAAAAUGCACUGAAUACUAAGAUCAUUGAACGUAGCGUGCUGGAUUAUUUUGCCAAGCUCUGGGGGAUACAGCAACCCGAUCCUUCAAAUGAGGAAGAACGGAAAUACUGGGGUUAUGUUACGUCCAUGGGCUGCACCGAAGGUAAUCAUCUCGCAUUGUAUAAUGCAAGGGAGUAUUUAGCCGGAAUGCCUCUCCGUAAUCCCAUCCUAUUCAAUACGUGUAGUCCUCCCGUGAAGCAACCUGUUACGUCCCACAGACAACGCAAGGAAGAUUUAUCAAAUGUGCAGCCAAAGGACAAUUCUAACGCUUUUACACCAGUUGUAUUCUUUUCAGAAGAAAGCUUUCACGGCCUUGCAAAAACAUUGAGAAUGUUACAGAUGAAAGUGUUUUGUGAUGUUGGCAGUGGACAUUUUUCUUGCCCGUUGAAAUAUCCUGACGAUUACCCUUCCAGUUUUAAUGAAGAAUCCCUUGAUCAAAACGGCUGGCCACGUGCAGUGCCUGUGGAAGCGGAUGGGUCGAUUAGCAUCCCAUGCCUUGUGAAACUGGUCACUGCCUUUGUUAUGAGAGGCUACCCUCCGCUCGUAGUUUUCACAAGUGGUACCACAUUUAAAGGAGCCUACGAUAAUCCACGAGCUGCCAUCAAUGAGCUUGCGCCUAUAUUGAAACAACACAACAUGUACGAACGCCUUGUACAUAGUUCGGAAGACCCAUUCAAAUCUGACGUUCGAAAUGGAUUUUGGUUUCAUAUUGACGGUGCUCUAGGAGGAGCCCAUCUUCCAUUUCUUGAGAUGGCGAUGAAUCAGGGUUUGGUUGCCAAUACGUUUCCAAAUGAUUUUCCUGUAUUUGAUUUCCGUAUUCCUGAAGUGAAAUCCAUUGCAACGAGCUUACACAAAUGA